AUGUUGCCAAUAACUAGACGUGCUGUUUUCAACUCUGGUGUGAGAAUAACAUCUGCAAGAUCCAUACAGUCUUUCCGCUUGGGAGCCAUAAGAUGGAACUCAUCAUCAUCCAACGCUAAGGAGCCUGCACAAACGACGUCAGGUCCAGCUACAACACCUAAAACAUCCACCACAUCACCCGCAGCCGAGCAGAAAUCUGCCUCGUACAACCUCUUCACGCAAAUUUAUCCUAUCGACAAAGACCAAGUCACAGAGUCCGACGUUGAUGAAUGGUUGCUGGCUGUGAAAAAGCUUAAGGCUUCUAACAAUCAAAAUGCCAGUACCCCAGAAGAAGUAUACCUUCAAGAACUUACUCAACAAGCACCCCAAACUCUCUUAAAUGAUGAAUUUGAACCCACCGAACAACAACAGGCCGAAGCUGACGCCGUCAGGGGUACAGCUAUGCCUUUAUUCCAGCACCCAGCUAUCGAUAACUUUGUAGGGCUUUUGAUGAAGGACGGUAAGAGAUCGAAAUAUCAAAAAAUCUUAAACAGAGCACUUUACUUGGUCUACUUGAAGAAGAGACAAGACCCAAUCGAGAUCCUUGUAGAGACUUUGGACAAGUUGGGUCCACUUAUGGCCACUAGAACUGAAAAGACCGGGUUUGCCAAAAACAGAAUUGUUCCAUAUCCAUUAAAUCAAAGACAAAGAAACAGAUUUGCCAUUAAAUGGAUUAUGGAAGGUGCUUCCAAAAAGAAAUCUUCUGAUUACUCGGUCAGAUUGGCUGAAGAAAUAAUGGCUACCCACGAAGGUAAAUCUGCUGGGUACGACAAGAAAGCUCAAAUGCACAGGACUGCCAUACUUCAAAGAUCCUACGUGAGUCUUUAG